AUGAAGUUCACAACCAUUCUCCUGCCUCUUGCGCUUGCUUCUGCAGCGAUCGCUGCUCCAGUACCUAUGGAAGCUCGUGAGGCCAGCCCAGCAUAUGGGAGUUAUGGCAAAUACCCACCUCCAGCAGGUGGCUAUGGUAGAUACUCUGGUUAUGGACGCUAUCCGAAAGAGAAGCGUGACGCAGCUCCUCAGUACGCCGACUAUGGAGAUUAUGCCGAUGCAACUUACGCGUCCUAUGGAGACUAUGCCGGUGCAGGUACCGGAGCUGCACCUGCACCCGCUGCAGCAUACGCAAGCUAUGGAGAUUAUCCACCCCCUGCAGGAGGCUAUGGUUCGUAUGGAGCUUACAAGAGAGCACUUGGAGCAUUUGUGAAGAGAAUUUUUGGUUAA